UCGGUUUCCUCGUGGACGUUCCUCAUGGGCGUUCCCCACAACUUCCACAAGUUGCUGCUUUCCUCGUAAGACGUGAGGCCGCGCCAAGCCUUUCGAACUCCCUGUUCCCACGAGUCCAACCCCAUCAUCUAUAAAAGCAACUCACACCCAACCCUCCCGAUGUGCGUCUAGCUCACCAUACAGAACAUACCCUACGAAGUAGCAAUACAUACUGUACUACCAUUAUACACAACAAUGGUCUCCUGCUUCACCCUUUUCGGUUCCAAACUGAGCCUCGGAGGCGCCCAGGAACACUACACGCCGCUGGAGGCCCGUGUCCCGCUCAAAGGGUUGAGGAACGUCACCUUCGUUGAGGAGACUGAGGAAGGGAACGUGCACUGGGAUGGACACGUUGCGCCAGAGUUGAGGGCUGUGAGGGUGAGGACUAAUGGCACUGGAACCGACGUGAGGGUGACGACAGAAGUCAGUGGUCCCGCGGACGUUAUUCGCAAAUUCACUGCAACGAUCGACACUGAGAAAGACACCCUCACCGCCAAACUCCGCAUUCCUAAUCGUCUCGAAGCAAAAGAUAAUGUCUCCUUCAUCACCACCAUCACAUACCCGGCUUACACGCAGGAAGACCUCCCGCCGUUGGGUAUCUCGACGAUUCUGAGCAAUGUGUAUCUGAAUGAUAACGAGCCCUGGUCAUUCGCUUCGGUUUCGGUGGCGACAAAGUCGGGGGAUAUCACAUCCACGGCGCCUUUGACUGUUCGCAAGAACGUUGAUCUGUCGAGCAGUUCUGGAAAAAUCGAUGUUUCGGGCACGUGGACGGUGGAAGGUGAUGCAAGGUUCACGUCUACAUCCGGCAACAUUUCAAUCUCCGCGCCCUUGUCCGUCAAGGGCAGCGCUCGGUUCAACACGACGUCUGGUACGAUCAAGAGCACCGCGUUGAUCCGCGCUCUCGACGAUCUCACCUUCAACACCACGUCGGGAGGCGUGUACACAAAACCCGCCCUCUACGCCGGCCGGUUAACGACAAGAACCACGUCAGGCAACAUCGAACACUUCCACACCGAUGCCGCAACUGACGCGCAUCUUUCAUCCAAAUCCGGCAAGAUAGCAGCCUUGUAUAUCGCAGUUGGACAAGGGAAGGGGAAAUCGGACGGCAGUAUCAACACCACCCUCCUCGAAGCACAAACGACGAGCGGGAAUAUUGUGCUCGCCGGUGUUGUCGCUGCCGGGUCCGGGUCCACGAGGGUGACGGCCAACUCGACCUCGGGGAGUAUUUGGGCUGGAUUGGACGAUCAGACUUUUGGGUCGGUGCAUCUGUCGACUACGUCUGGUAGUCGCACGUUGGGGAGUGGGAUUGUGCCCGGGCCUGCAGGCAGGCGAGAGACGACGGGGAUCAUCAAUGGCGGCGUGCAUCCUGCUGGGUUGACUGCCAAAUCGACGUCGGGGAGCAUUCAGGCGAUGGCGGAGACGGUGUCGAAGGAGCACUUCACGAUGCCGCCCGGGAUUAAAUUUGGGAUCCCCACCUUUGGACUUUUCUAGUUGGUUGUGGAUGAGAGAGUAUUGGAUAGACGUAUGGGUUUCUUUUUUCCGCAACGGCCUAUCUGAGUAGAUAGACCGGCCUGCGACCCCGUAUGUACAGUACUGUACAUAGCUUUUGGAGUGCAUCACUCUGUACAUAGUCCAAAAUCCAUUGGCAUCCAACAU